AUGACUGACAUCGCGAAAUUUGAGCAGUUUGGAUUAAAUGCAUUCUACAAUGGCAUUCCAAUACUUGAUAAUGCCAGUGACUGGUUUAAGUGGAAUCAGAAAGUCAAUGAGUUCAUUCGGAUAUCCGCCGUUGCCGACGAUGGAACGACUCCACCGAUAGAGGAAGAGGAAGCACGGCAAUGGACUCAUCGCCAAAAGUUCUACUCUGCGAUGAUCACGGCAAAGCUGACACACAAUGCGGCACAAAGGAUCAGCGCCUUUGAGAUCUCUCGAGUCCACGCACUCUUAAAGGCAGUUAAAGACAACUUCAAACCAGAAGGCACUGGCACAUACGUUAACCUCCAGCGACGGUACAUGUCCCUCACAAGAGAGAAAUGUGGAAGCGCUCAAGCCCUCGGAGCCGAGAUCAGGAAGAUCCAUGCUGAGAAACUUCUCCUUGACCCUGACUGCGUGAGCUCCGAGAUUGAGCGAACAUUCUUUUUCGUGCACGCAUUAGGUCCUGAGUAUGAAAGUUUCCGUGAUCAUAUAUUUCGGCAAAUGGACCUUGUUAACGAAAGAGAUGCCAAUGGUAACAUCACAAAAGCGGCGCCCACGUUCGACUAUAUCGAGAACAAGGCAAUUGAGGAAGAACAUAGGAAGGGGCAAUUGAGCAAACAACCAACAGAGGCGCAAGGGCUUCCUGCUCUCGCUAUAAUCCGAGGGCCAGGUGACAAGAAAGUCAUACCGUCAUCCGACGGAACGACAUGUCGAAUCGAGAUCGAUAACGUCCCAUAUUGCUCUUUCUGCCGGAAACCUUAUCACGUGGACUCUGAGUGCUUCAGCAAGAAUCCAAGACCGAAGGAUCAGAAGAAAGACGGAAAGAGCCACAAGUCAAAGCCAGGCAAUUCACAUACAGGCGCACGCAAGCCAUUGAAGCGGCGGCCCUCCACGGAUGACGAAGACGAUGAUGUCGGUGGCCCAAGGGAUCCAAAGAAGCCCACUUUUAUGGCCACAAAGGUCUCCGGAGAAGAUGUUAAUAAAGCAUUCGGGAAAGAUGUUGAAGGCAACCUCGCCCUGUUUGACCACUUCCCCACAAUGAUGGCUACAAAAACCCUGUCGAUCCGUGACGCGUGGAUCGUCGAUAGUGGAUGUGCUCAGCACGUCUGCAAUAACGCCUCGAGAUUUGUAAAGAUGGACAAGUACCAUGGACCACCACUGAGAAGCGUCGAUACCUCAACGACUCCCUCGGGAGUGGGGACAGUCAAUAUUCUUUGCAAUGUACGAGGCAGAAGGAAAUGGCUUGUGCUUGACAAUGUCCUCUACGUCCCAUCUGCACAUGCAAACCUCAUAUCGGUGCUCCAGCUUCUCAAACGAGGAGCAAAAGUCGAGUUCUCAAGCCAAAGUGCUAGUAUUCGCAACAAGUCAAACGGAAAGAACCUAUACACUGCCAGCCAAUAUCAUGGAGUCUACGCACUUGAUAUAUGGACGAAUCUCACCUUUCCCUCCUACCAUGUCGGUCCACAAAUGGCUCUUUGGCAUAAUCGGCUGGCCCACCUGGGCGAUGCGAACCUACAUCGGCUUAAGAAGCAGGCCUUCGGCAUCCGGGACAUGGAACCACGUCAACCAUGCAACCCAUGCCUCCAGGGACGAAUGAUUGAAAAGCCCCACAACCGCUCGGGACGAAGCAGACGAGGGGAAUAUGCAAUGGAACUUCUCCAUAUUGAUGUCGCAGGGCCAUUUGACGAGGGCCUUGACGGCAGUCGCUAUUGGCUCACCGUCGUCGACGACUUCACGGGCUGGAUAGAGAUUGUCCCUAUACCACGACGACAAGAAUUUGUCAUAGAGUCACUACGUUUCUUCCUCGAUCAUAACGAACGCCCUGAACGGAAGUGUAGACGAAUACGCCUCGACCGGAUCCCUGAGCAAGUGGGAGAAGAGAUGAAGUUCAUACUGUUCUCACGGGCAAUCCAUGCCGAGGUCACAGGCGUUGAUCAACACCAGCAGAAUGGGGUUGCCGAGAGAGCCCAUAAGACAAUUUAUGAUCGGGUUGGACCCACGCUAGCACAUGCGAGGCUGCCACCUAAAUUCUGGCCAGAAAUUGCUCGAACCGCAGCCUUCCUCUCCAACCGGUCGCCGUCAUCAAAGCUCAACAUGACUCCGUAUCAAGCCUGGUAUGGCGACAAGCCGGACCUAUCACGACUCAGAGUGAUCGGAUCCAAAGGGGAAUACUUGAUCCCACCCAAGCAGAGGAAGAAGCUCACAGAGCCAAGAACCAGGCCAUGCAUUCUACUAGGCUAUGAGGGAAAUACCAACUACCGUAUCCUGCUACAAGACGGAAGAAUUGUUGGGACCCCAAACGCUGAAUUUCACGAAGUCCUUACAGCUCCUUCCACACAGACUAUAGAAGAUGUGGGAGCCAGACGAGACGGCUCACCUGAGGCAACGGCUGCUGCCGCAGGGGGAUCGAGUGACGAGGACUCGCAGACACCAGCGUCGUUUCAAUCGAGUGACGAUGACUCGCAGCCAUUUGUUGCUGUACAGGGAGACAGGACCUUGUCGCCUACACGGAGUGAUGAUACCUUUGGAUCAUUUGCAGAUGAUUUACAAGACAUCAUCCAGAGGAAUGACUCACCACCCGGCGGCGACCAGCAACAAGACGACGCUCAACAAGGUCUAGUUUCAGGAGAAUGGCAACGAUCUCCAGAACUCCAAAUUGACCGCCCAGUUCAUGAAGUGCGACAAGAAACACUAGAACACCACCCUGAACUCAAAAUUCGCGCUCCGCACGUCACACUAGACACUUUUAGUGACAGCGAAGAAGAGCUUGCGUUAAUGAAUAUACCUGAAGAGAACGUCAUCCCAACAUUCUUAACAGUAGCUGCAAAGGAAACAGAACCUUUUGAGCCAAAGACUCUGCAUCAAGCGAAGAACGAUGCAAGCUGGCUCGAAUGGGAACGAGCAAUGCUUGAAGAAGCGAACUCGCUUAACCAAAACAAGACGUGGGAGCUUGUUGAUCCUCCCAAAGAUCGGCGGAUUCUCAGUGGAAAAUGGGUAUACAAACUCAAACGAGGACCGCAUGGCGAAGUCAUCCGCUACAAAAGCAGAUGGGUAGUGAGAGGCUUUACACAAGAAGAGGGUAUCGACUAUGACGAAACUUUUGCCUCUGUUGUCAAGCCAAUGAGCUACAAAGCUCUAUUCGCAAUCGGAGCGGCCCUAGAUCUAGAGAUCGAGCAAAUGGAUGUCAAAACGGCUUUCCUGUACGGGUACAUAGACCACGAGAUCUACGUCGAACAACCUCACCACAUGACCGACGGCACAUCGAGGGUCUGCAAACUUCGAAAGGCACUCUAUGGCCUAAAACAAGCUCCUCGGAUCUGGUACCAGACCCUUACAAAUUUCCUACGAAAUCUCGGCUUUGAGCCAAUCAGCGCUGAUCUUGGGAUCUUCGUCCGGAGCAAUAUGUACAUCGCGGUGUACGUCGAUGACCUCCUGAUCGUGGGGCCAAGCAUUGCGGAAAUAAAGAAGAUCAAGCGGAGCCUCAGAAACCGUUUUCAAAUGACAGAUCUAGGACCAUGCAGCUACUAUCUCGGGAUGUCUGUCCAGCGAGACCGUCAAAACAGGAUACUAUACCUAAGUCAAGAAGCGUAUAUUGACAAGGUCGCUCACCAGUUUGGAAUCAGCAACGGCGCUCCCGUCAGCACACCGAUAGAAACCUCACCACUUCCAGAGAAUAACCCAGGAUACAGCUGUCCUCCAGAUCAAAGAAUCAUAUACCAACGCAUUGUCGGAUCUCUGAUGUACAUUAUGCUCGGGACUAGGGGGGACGUCGCGUAUGCCGUCUCUAUGGCAAGCAGGCAUCUAGCGAAUCCUGGGCCACAACACCAGAAACUUGCUCGACGCAUCCUACGGUAUCUCAACGGCACAAAAAGCCUCAGGCUCACGUACAAGGGUCAGCCCCAGAUGCUGAAAGGCUUUACAGACGCAGAUUGGGGUGGAUGUCGCGACACUAGACGUUCAACAGCUGGAUACCUUUUCAAUAUCGGGAGUGGAGCAAUCAGUUGGCAAUCGAAGCGCCAAAGCGUCGUUGCCCUCUCGACCUGUGAAGCUGAAUUCCUAGGCCAGACACAAGCAACCAAAGAAGCAAUCUGGUUGAGAAGACUCCUCAAUGAGUUAAACAUGAGCCAAGGAAAAACUGCAACGAUCAUUUGUGGUGACAACCAAGGAGCCAUCGCCCUGUCCUCGAACCCGCAAUACCAUUCCCGCACGAAGCAUAUGGAAAUCCAACGCAAGUGGCAAGGAGAGGUGCAAGACACUGGAACGGUAGAAUUGCAGUAUGUUCCAACUACCGAACAAAUUGCCGAUGGGUUCACCAAACCUCUUGCACGACAACGAUUUGAAUGGUUUCGGAGAGGACUUGGUAUUGAGUGA